CAACAUUUAUUUAUUUAUUUAGCAUUCCCAGUUCGACUCAUUCAUCGGUCCUUUAUUCUUUUCGACGUUCGAAGAAAAUCUUCAUCUCACGAUCUUAAUUCCCCCAAACCCUGUUAAAUUAAAUAAAAUUAGGGUUCUUGCUUCUUCUGAUCCGAUCAGGUUAUUCCCGAUUCUUCAUUGCUACUGUAAAUGUUUGAUUCGCACGCUACUUUAUCGUCAUUCGUUGACCUCGAUAGACUGACAUGAAUGUUGGAAUUCCAAUCUAUCUGGGGAGCUGCUUUUUUUUUGAUUGUUCGUGUGUUUUAUAAUUUUCUGUUACGUCCGCUUAGUUGUUGUUUGUAUUAUGGAUUGAUGUGAAAGUGGGAAUCGGUUGUUUUGCGCUGAUCAUUUCAUUUGUUUCCCGUUCGUUUUGAAGCUUUGUUUUGCACUGAUCAUGGCUCAAUUGAAUACCAAUUUUAAUACUGUUUCAAUGUUUUUUUUUAGCCCUAGUUGUCGUUCGUGAGAACUUGAGGUUUGAGGAAGCGAUGGUAGUUUGCAGCUAUCUCCUACAUAUCUAUAAAUGGUUGCGUAGUGCUUGAUUGGGUAUGUAAUAUUGGCGUGGUGGUGAGGAUCCAUGAACAUAGUCAAAGGUGUAGCAGACCUCAUUUGGAGGACUUCGAGUGGCCAAAGUGGAGAAUAUGGCUCGGUAGCACAAUCUGGGAGGUUUUCUCCACCAACUCCGGCUAUCAACUUCAGCGAGGUCGGCGACGAGGCAAUUUUGAAGGCACUAUUGGACAGAUAUGUGCAUGCUGUUGAUCAGGUUGAAAAGAGAAAGUUGUUUAAUAUUUUUCUCAAGCAAUUCUUAACAAUAUUCCGGGAUUGGAAACCGUUCAAUCUCGACCAAACGUCCAAAGAAUCUCAGACCUUUUCACAUGCUGAUCAUGCACAAGGUAUCAGUGAUGUGGUGGUCGGCUGCAAUUUGGGCCACCCUGCUGAAGUAAUAUUGAUCUUGACAGAAGAAGUUUCACAAAUAACAAGAUUUCUUACUGACAAUCAAGUGGGCAUCACGACAAGCAUAAGUAUAUCAAGUGAAUCAUGGAUGACCUUAGAUGCUCUGACUGUUGUGACUCUGUCGAUUUAUAAUUGCAAAGUUUUUGGUUACCAUGGGGGGAUACAGAAGCUUACAGCAUUGAUGAAAGCUGCUGUUGUCCAGCUUAAGACUAUUAUUAGUGCACUUCCAGCAGAUGAAAGUUUGUUAAAUACUAUGGUACAGAAUGCUGGAGUUUUACAGCAGAUACUUGUUCAUGUGGUGUCCAUUAUUUGCAAUUUCAUUGAUUUACGUUCAAGCAUAGACGAAAAUAUACAAAGUACCAACACAGGAUCUUCCACAUCGAGGAGCAGCGAAAUAUAUGUUAACUCUUCGACUGCUGUAAAGUCUCUAGUAUCUGAAACAAUCUUAUCCUGGCAUCUGACAGCAGUUGUAUCAGUUAUGGAAGCUGGUGGUCUUAAUUGGUUAUUAGAGAUAUUGCGUUUGAUCAGGAGAUUGAUUAUGAAAGAACAGUGGGCAGAUAUGUACCUUCAGCACUUGACCCUCAGAGCUCUUCGAUCAGCUUUGGAUGACAACCCACGGGGUCAAAAUCAUUUUCGAAGUAUUGGGGGUUUAGAAGUUCUGUUGGAUGGACUGGGAGUUCCUUCAAUAGAUAGCUUGGUUACAAAUGAUUCAUCAAGCUAUCAAGAAAGAAGCAAAAAACCUUUGCAGGAUUUUUUUAAUCUCCAUGUUCUCUCAUUGGAGGUUCUUAGGGAAGCUAUCUUUGGAAAUCUCAACAACUUGCAGUUUCUGUGUGAAAAUGGAAGGGUACAAAAGUUUGCAAAUAGCUUCUGUUCAGUCGCAUUCAUGAUUCAAGAAUACAAAAGGGACAAGUCCUCUCCUGAGAGAAAUUAUGUGACUGAGUUUGAAGGGGAAAAUACAAAUGAUUCAGAAGUUCUCAUAACAGAGCUGUCACCUUUGUUCUCAUCUAAUCCGUCUUACAUACGAUCUUGGAAAGAAUAUGUUGCCAGGUUGAGUGCAGCUUUUUGUGAUUUCCUUCUUGAAGCUAACGAAACCAAAUCCGGACGCAUUCAACCAACUAUGAGCAGAAACACAAUAUUGGUGUCUGCAGUUUAUGCGGAACUUUCUUUGAAGUGGUUCACAAGGGUGCUACUUACAGUUUUCCCGUGCAUCAAGGCUUGUUCCAAUCAAAAUGAAAUUCCCAGCCACUUAAGGAUUUUUGCCUAUACGAUGCAGCAUUAUGUUCUUUUUGCAUUUAAGAAGGUUCUUGUUUCGUCACCAUCAUUAGUUGAUGUCUUCCGUGCUGAGGGUGUGUGGGACUUCAUCUUCUCUGAGAGUUUUUUUUACUUCGGUCCUGCUCCUGCAGAAUUUUCUGGAGAGGAUUCUAGUAGGAACGAGGUUUCUUUAAUGGAUGAUGCAGGAUAUCGUGGCUCAAGUUCUGUUGAGGACCGAGUAAAUGCAAACGGCGGUGAAAAUUUUCAAGCUGAAAUAAUCUCGUUCAUGGAACUUGCAUCUACUUUAAGUGGAAUUUCUCAUAACUUGCCUGAAUGUAGUGUUUUGCUGGACGCCCUUGAACAAUCUGCUUGUAUUCCGGAGCUUGCUGCUGUUCUGGCAAAAAGCCUGCUUCAUAUAUUGCAGCUUUCAGCUGAGAAAACAGUUUCUUCAUUUAAAACGCUUGCUGCAAUUCCUCGGAUGCUCAAAGUUGCCUGUAUUCAGGUACAAGAGUCUAAAAGACCUGGCUCUACAAGUGCAGUAGCCGAAAACAUUACCAGUGAAGUCGCAUCUCCUGAAUUCUUAUCACCUGAGGUGACUCAGAGUUGGGCAGAAUGCAUGAAAACAUUGAUGGAACUGUUUGCAGAGUACUUCUCAGUAUCAGAUGAUGCAAAACUUUCUAUUUUGUGCAGUUCUAUGUGUAUCACUUGUAUGUUUGACUUGUUUUGGCAAGAAGGCCUAAGAAGUGUUAUGCUCAAUUAUGUUCUUGAGCUUAUGAAGAUAGUUCCUUUAUCCGAAGAAGGACGGAAAGCAAAACUUUUCCUGUGCUCCAAGUACCUGGAGACAUUCACACAUUUGAAAGAACGAGUUAAUAAUUCUACAGAUUUGUCAAUUGAGCUACUGGUUGGAAUGAAAGAUUUGCUACUAACAGAUAAAAUGUAUUAUCAAGCUUUGUUCCGCGAGGGUGAAUGUUUUUUGCACGUUGUAUCUUUGUUGAAUGGACAUAUGGACAUUGGAAAUGGAGAGAAGUUGGUUUUGAAUGUCAUCCAAACGCUGACUUGCUUGCUAUCACAGAAUGAAGCUUCAAAGGUCGCUUUUAGGUCCCUAGUUGGCGAGGGUUAUCAGACUUUUCAGAGUUUGCUGUUGGAUUUCUGCCAAUGGCAGCCUAGUGAAGCACUCUUAAGCGCGCUGCUUGAUAUGCUGGUCGAUGGAAAAUUUGAUCUUAAAGCGAAUUGUGUCAUAAAGAAUGAAGAUGUGAUCUUGCUUUAUCUCAGUGUUCUUCAAAAGAGCAGUGAUUUGUUGCAGCACCAUGGUCUCAAUAUCUUCCUUCAUCUGCUAAGGGAUUCUCUACCCAAUCGAGCUUCAUGUGUUAGAGCAGGAAUGCUCGAAUUUCUUCUCACUUGGUUUUCACAAGACAGUGGUGAAGCUAUUGUUUGGAAAAUUUCCCAGUUAAUUCAGGUGAUUGGUGGACAUAGCGUAUCUGGAAAGGAUAUCCGGAAAAUAUUUGCUCUGCUUCGUAGUAAGAGUACUAGUCGUCAGCAGCAGUCAAGCUCACUACUCUUAACAAGCAUGUUAACAAUGCUAAAUGAGAAAGGACCAACAGCGUUCUUUGAUCUUAAUGGGAUUGAUUCCGGCAUUGUAAUCAAAACACCAUUUCAGUGGCCCACGAACAAGGGAUUUUCAUUUACAUGUUGGCUCAGGGUAGAAAGCUUUCCUCAAAAUGGAGCAAUGGGGAUCUUCAGUUUCCUCACAGAAAAUGGACGGGGGUGCUAUGCUGUCCUUGAGAAAGACAAGUUAAUUUAUGAGUCGAUCAAUCAGAAACGACAAUGUGUUUCAAUGAAGUUGAACCUUGUCAGAAAGAAGUGGCACUUUUUCUGUUUAGUACAUUCUGUUGGUAGAGCAUUUUCAGGGGGAAGCCAGUUGAAAUGUUAUUUGGAUGGGGUCCUUGUUUCUGCAGAAAAGUGCAGAUAUGCAAAAAUAAAUGAACCAUUGAGUAGCUGCACAGUUGGCACCAAACUCGAUCUGCCUGUUUACGAGGAUGAGAAUGUCGCACAUCCUGUCAAAGAGUCUUAUCCUUUUCUUGGUCAGAUUGGUCCCACAUACUUCUUCAGCGAUGCUAUCUCUUCUGAACUUGUGCAGGGCAUCUGCUCUUUAGGGCCUAGUUAUAUGUACUACUUCCUUGAUAAUGAAAUUUCAGUUUAUGUUGAUAACUUUUUGUCUGGUGGAGUUCUUGAUGCUAAAGAUGGCCUUGCAUCAAAAAUUAUCUUUGGAAUUAACGCGCAGGCAAGCAAGGGUAGGGCAUUAUUUAAUGUUUCACCAAUUGUUGAUCAUGCACUUGAUAUGAAGCCUUUUGAAGCAACUGUAAUGGGUGGCACACAGUUAUGCUCUCGACGACUGCUGCAGCAGAUAAUUUAUUGUGUUGGGGGAGUAUCUGUGUUUUUUCCUCUUUUAACACAGUCUGAUAUUUAUGAAGACGACAGAAGUGAAAAAGUUGAAGAGAUGUUGCUUUCUCCUAUUAGCAGGGGGCAUUUGACUACUGAGACUAUUAAGCUCGUAGCUUCUAUUCUGGAUGAUAAUUUGGCCAAUCAACAGCAGAUGCUGCUACUUUCAGGAUUUUCUGUUCUGGGAUUUUUGCUGCAAUCAGUGCCAGCCAAGCAGCUAAAUUUGGAUACUCUUUCAGCGUUGAAGCAUUUGUUUACUAUUGUUGCUAAUGGUGGGUUGUCAGAGUUCCUGAUCAAAGAUGCUAUUUCAAAUAUCUUUCUUAACCCUCAUAUAUGGGUCCGUACAGUUUACAAGGUUCAACGUGAACUGUACAUGUUCCUUAUCCAGCAAUUUGAUAAUGAUCCGAGGUUGCUAAAGAGUCUGUGUGGGCUUCCUCGUGUGCUUGAUAUUAUUCGACAGUUUUACUGGGACAAUGCAGAAUUCAAACCUGCCGUCAAGAACAAGUCAACUGUACAUGUCAUGGUGGACCAAAUUGUUGGAGAGAAGCCUGACAAAGAAGAAGUACAUAAAAUUCGUCUCCUUUUAUUAAGUCUUGGUGAGAUGAGUAUCAGGGAGCAUAUAGCAGUGUCUGACAUAAAAGCACUCAUUGCAUUCUGUGAAACCUGUCAAGAUAUGACUUGCGUUGAAGACAUUCUAAACAUGAUCAUACGCACUGUUUCCCACAAACAACUGCUUCCUUCCUUUUUAGAACAAGUGCAUUUACUUGGAGGCUGUCACAUUUUUGUUAAUCUUCUAUUGAGGGAUUUUGAGCCAGUUAGAUUGCUUGGAUUACAGUUCAUUGGAAGACUUCUUGUUGGUCUUCCAGCAGAAAAGAAAGGAUCUAAAUUUUUUAACAUUUCAGUCGGGCGGUCUAAAUCUCUAUCUGAAGGUCCUAAAAAGAUAAGCUUGCAUACUCAACCAAUUUUCUCCAUAAUAUCGGACAGGCUCUUCAAAUUUCCACAGACAGAUCUUCUAUGUGCUACACUGUUUGAUGUUCUUCUAGGUGGUGCUAGCCCGAAACAGGUUCUGCGGAAGCAUAACCAAUCUGAUCGUCCAAAAAGUGGCAAAAACAAUUCCCAAUUUUUUCUUCCUCAGGUUUUAUCUCUCGUUUUCAGAUUUUUGUCAGGUUGUGAGGAUCGAACUUCAAGAAUGAAAAUUAUGGGUGAUCUGCUAGAUCUUCUAGAUUCAAAUCCUUCGAACAUUGAAGCUCUUAUGGAAAAUGGAUGGCAUGAUUGGUUGGUUGCCUCUUUGAAACUCGAUGUGAUAAAGAACUACAAAAUGAAAAUGCAAAUUGGCCACGACACUGAUAUGGAUGAGCAAUAUUUCGUGAGAAAUGUAUACAGUCUUGUUCUCUGUCACUAUAUUCUUUCUGUAAAAGGUGGCUGGCAGAAUUUAGAAGAGACCGUGAAUUUCCUGUUGGUUGAAAGUGAAAAAGCUGGAAUCUCAUAUCAAUCAUUUAUUCGUGAUUUAUAUGAAGAUUUAAUUCAGAGGCUAAUAAACUCUCCUAUCGAAGAAAAUAUUUUUGUCUCUCAGCCAUGUCGCGACAACACAUUAUACCUUGUAAAAUUAGUUGAUGAAGUGCUCAUUUCUGAGAUGGAUUGCCGGCUUCCGUUUCCUGCAUGCAGCUCCAAGUUCCCUCCUCAGUCUCUCGAACUGGAUAACUGCCCAGACUUCAACGCUGCUUUAUCUGAGGCCUUGCAGGGAGAUUCUGGGAACUUAUCGGGGACUACAGGGGUAGAGAACCAGCAUUACUUCAAUGAAGAUGAAAAAACUGCUGAUGAUUGGUGGAAUAUAUAUGACAACCUUUGGAUCAUUAUCAUUGAAAUGUAUGGCAAGGGAUCAAGUAAGCAGUUACCAAGAUCAUCAUCAUUUAUGAUGCCAUCUUUAAGCCAAAGAGCUCGUGGAUUGGUAGAGUCACUAAACAUCCCUGCUGCUGAGAUGGCUGCAGUUGUGUCGGGGGGGAUUAGCAGUGCCUUGGUUGGAAAGCCAAAUAGAACUGUGGAUAAGGCUAUGCUAUUGAGAGCGGAAAGAUGCUUAAGAUUUGUUAACCGCCUUAUGAUUCUCUAUCUUUGUAGAUCAUCGCUUGAGAGAGCAUCGCGUUGUGUUCAACAGGUUAUCCCUGUUCUGCCUUCCCUUCUGACUGCUGAUGAUGACCAAAGCAAGAAUAGGCUGCAACUUCUUAUCUGGUCCUUGCUUGCCGUUAGGUCCCAGUAUGGAGUGCUUGAUGGUGGUGCCCGCAUUCACGUCCUUUCCAGCUUGAUACGGGAAACUAUCAGCUGUGGGAAGUCGAUGCUAGCUACAAGUAUCAUGGGUAGUGAUGAUCUAUCUGAUUUAGGUAGUAAUUCAAAGGAAGGAAACACUAUAUUCAAUUUCAUCCAAAAGGACCGACUUCUUGGUGCGAUUGCGGAUGAAGUCAAGUACAUUAAGAGUGUAGCAGCAGACCGAAUUUUGCAAUUAGACGAACUGCGACAUAGAAUUGAAGAAAAUAUGUUAAUAGAUUCCAAUCAGAAAAAAGCUUUUGAGGAUCAAAUACAAAUUAAUUUGAAUACAAUUCUUGCUUCUGAUUUCAGUAGAAGAUCUUUGUUCCAGCUAUCUUUGGAUGAGAACCAGCAAAUUGCUGCGGAAAAGUGGAUUCAUACUUUCCGCUUGCUGAUUGAUGAAAGGGGUCCAUGGUCGGCUAAUCCUUUCCCAAAUAGCAUGGUUGCACACUGGAAACUUGAUAAAACAGAGGAUUCAUGGCGUCGUAGGCAAAAGUUAAGAAGAAAUUAUCAUUUUAAUGAUAAGCUUUGCCACCCCUCCAUAAUAAAUAGUGCUGGAGAACUUCCUUCCACCAAUGAUGGCAAACUUGGUUUUGGGGCUUUUACUUUAGAGAAAAUGAAACAAUUUCAACUGAAAGGAAUUCAAGGAAUUACUGAUGAUGGGUCUACAGAAACAAGUGAAAUUGACGCUCAAUCUAGCCAGGCCAAUAUACCAGAGAUUGAGGAUUCUUCAGACGGGCAGUCUCUUGAAGUGUCGAAAGAAAGUAGCAAGCAGGAAACUGUGCAAGACCGAGAAGAUUAUCCUUCAUUGACAGAGUCAGAGAACAGUGAGGUUCUCAGGGAAAUCCCGUGUGUUCUUGUAACACCAAAGAGAAAAUUAGCUGGGCGAUUGGCAAUUAUGAAAAAUUUCUUACAUUUCUUUGGUGAGUUUUUGGUUGAAGGUAGUGGAGGGUCAUCUUCUGCUCUUAAAACCUAUUAUUCUUCAGAUAAUUUUGACCACAGCAAGCCAGAAACUGUUGGUGUACCUCAUAGGCAGAAGUUUCUAAAAUGGCCCAUGCCGUUGACUUUCGAUUCUCAAAAACCAAAUGUCAAUCAGAAUACCAAUUCAAUUAACCAAGAUAAUGAUCAAAAGCAGCACAAAAGUAUUAAGCAUCAUAGGUGGUGGAAGAUAUCUAAGAUUAAGGCUGUGCAUUGGACUCGAUAUUUGCUGAGAUAUACUGCAAUAGAGAUCUUUUUUAGUAACUCUGAGGCUCCAAUAUUUUUUGAUUUUGCAUCCCCAAAAGAUGCAAAAGAUGUCGGAUGCUUGAUAGUAGCAACAAAAAAUGAAACUAUAUUCCUCAAGGGGCAGAAGGACAAGACUGGAGUUAUUUCAUUUGUUGAUAGACGCGUAGCUCAAGAAAUGGCAGAAACUGCUAGAGAAAGAUGGAGGAGAAGAGAGAUUACAAACUUUGAGUAUCUGAUGAUCCUCAACACCCUUGCAGGAAGGUCAUACAAUGAUUUAACCCAGUAUCCUGUGUUUCCAUGGGUAUUGGCGGACUAUUCCUCUGAUACUCUUGAUUUGAAGAAGUCGUCGACUUUCAGAGAUUUAUCAAAGCCCGUUGGAGCUCUUGAUCAAAAACGGUUUGAGGCUUUUGAGGAUAGAUAUCACAACUUUAUCGAUCCUGAUAUUCCCAGUUUCUAUUAUGGUUCGCACUACUCAAGCAUGGGAAUCGUGCUAUUUUACCUACUUCGCUUAGAGCCAUUUACUGCACUCCACCGUAGUUUGCAGGGUGGUAAAUUUGACCAUGCAGACCGACUUUUCCAAAGCAUUGAAGGCACUUACAAAAACUGUCUUUCCAAUACCAGUGAUGUGAAGGAAUUGAUUCCUGAAUUCUUUUACAUGCCAGAAUUUCUAAUGAAUUCAAACUCGUAUCAUUUUGGAGUGAAACAAGAUGGGGAACCAUUGGGUGAUGUUUCCCUUCCCCGCUGGGCUAAGGGCUCACCUGAAGAAUUCAUAAAUAAAAACAGGGAGGCCCUUGAAAGUGAGUAUGUUAGUUCAAACCUUCACCACUGGAUUGAUUUGGUGUUUGGUCACAAACAGCGUGGAAAGCCAGCUGUUGAGGCUGCAAAUAUUUUUUACUAUUUAACUUAUGAAGGUGCUGUUAACUUGGAUAACAUGGAUGACGAUUUGCAAAGGUCAGCCAUAGAAGACCAGAUUGCUAAUUUCGGUCAGACACCAAUUCAAAUUUUUCGUAAGAAACAUCCAAGGAGGGGGCCACCAAUCCCAAUUGCUCAUCCUUUGCGAUUUGCUCCUGGCUCCAUCAACUUAACUUCUGUUGUUUCGAGUAUAAGCAAUAUUCCUUCUGUGGUGCUCUAUGUCAAUGUCUUGGACUCCUACAUCGUCACUGUGAGUGAAAGCCUUGAAAUUUCUGUUAAGAUGUGGUUGACAACUCAAUUGCAUUCUGGUGGGAACUUUACAUUCUCUGGCUCUCAGGAUCCGUUUUUUGGGAUUGGUUCUGACGUGCUCUCUCCUUGUAAAAUUGGGAGUCCUCUGGCUGACAAUUUUGAGAUUGGAGCACAAUGCUUUGCCACCUUGCAAACACCAUCUGAGAACUUCCUCCUUUCCUGUGGCAACUGGGAAAAUAGUUUCCAGGUCAUGUCCCUCAGUGAUGGUAGAAUGGUGCAGAGUGUUAGACAUCAUAAAGACGUAGUGAGCUGCAUUGCAGUUACAACUGAUGGAAGCAUACUGGCUACUGGAGGCUACGACACCACUGUUAUGGUUUGGGAAAUUCUUCGUGUUAGAGCCCCCGAAAAAAGAUCUCGAAAUAAUCGGACAGAGAUUCCUUGGAAGGACUCUGUUGUCGCCGAAACUCCAUUCCAUAUUCUUUGUGGACAUGAUGACAUCAUCACAUGCUUAUAUGCAAGUACUGAGCUUGAUAUAGUGAUAAGCGGUUCGAAAGAUGGCACUUGUAUUUUCCAUACUUUAAAGGAAGGUAGAUACGUAAGAUCUCUUCGGCAUCCUCAUGGCAGACCGUUGUCCAAGCUUAUUGUAUCUCGUCAUGGCAGAAUUGUCCUAUACGCAGAUGAUCUUAGUUUGCACCUUUAUUCUAUUAAUGGAAGGCACAUUACAAGUGCUGACUGCAAUGGCCGCCUUAGCUGCCUUGAACUGAGUACCUGUGGCGACUUUCUAGUUUGCGCAGGAGACCAGGGGCAAAUAGUCGUACGCUCGAUGAACACCCUUGAAAUAUUAAUAAAAUAUACUGGGACUGGAAAAUCAAUUAGUUCACUGACUGUGACCCCUGAAGAAUGCUUUAUAGCUGGGACUAGAGAUGGAAGCCUUCUAUUGUAUUCCAUUGAAAAUCCUCAACUUCGUAAGACUGGUGGUCAGAAAAACUCCAAAACGAAAACACAUAUGACGUGACAGAUUAUAGUUGACAGCAGAUAUUGAAGUUGAAGGAGUCUUCCUAGUUUGAGAUGCAAGACACAACACUUGCUAUUGGUCGCUCGAUAUGUUUUGCUCUGGCAUUUUGGUGCUUUGAUCUAGCGACUUAUGCACAGAGGCGCUCCAUUGCUCAUUUUUUUUCUGCCUCUAAAAUCUGUAGUCGAUUGGUCUUCAUAUCUCGAUAUGGAAGGUCCUAGAGCUGAGAGGGAGGUUCUUCAACUAGAUACUUAUAAAAUGUAUAAGGUAGAUUAGAUGUACACAAGGUAAAACGAAAAAAGAAAAGAUGAAAACAAAUCUGGCAGUUAUUAUAGGAUGCCAUUUCAAUCUUCAACUUUGUGAAUUGUAGAGUGUUGUAAGUAAUUGUGUAUCUUUUAGGUCAAUGAGCCAUAAACUAUACGUGGACUUUUGCAACGAAACUUAAGCUGCCAAGCUUCCUUUGCGGAAACUUCAAUCUAUCUUUAAAUUUACCGUA